ACGGUAUUGGUAUUAUCUACGGUAUGAAACGGUUUACUGAUGGGUAUUAUCCAACAGCAAUAUGGCUGCUUUGGAAGAUGAUGAGAAUUUGGACGAAGAAAUUUUUCAAGAUAUCGCUUUAUUAACGUUUCCAGAAGAUGUUCAAUCAGUUAUUGAUGAUAUAUUACCAAGUGAAGAUCCUCUAGACAGACCAGACUUUAAUCCAGUAGAUUACAUUAAUUCAUUAUUCCCUACAGAACAAUCCUUGUCCAAUAUUGAUGAUGUGGUUGGCAAAAUAAGGUUCAAAAUAAGGCGAUUGGAUGAUGAUAUAAGAACAGUUGUACGUGGUCAGACAAAUGUUGGUGAGGAUGGUAGACAGUCACUGGAAGAGGCACAGAGAGCUAUACAAGAUCUAUUUACCAAAAUUAAAGACAUCAAAGAUAAAGCUGAAAAAUCAGAAGAAAUGGUGAAAGAGAUUACUCGAGACAUAAAGCAACUUGAUCAUGCUAAAAGACAUUUAACUUCUUCUAUCACUACACUCAACCAUUUACAUAUGUUAGUUGGGGGAGUAGAAUCGCUCACGUCAUUAACACGAAGACGGCAGUAUGGGGAAGUAGCUAAUCUAUUGCAAGGUGUCCUUAAUGUACUAGAACAUUUCCAGAGAUACAUGUCUAUACCACAAAUUAAGGAAUUAGCUGAUAGGGUAAAACAGAUUCAGGCAGACCUUGGUUCACAAAUUAUUUCAGAUUUUGAGGAGGCAUUUCAAGGGUCUGGUGCCAAAUAUGGUCCUGGAAAUCAGAGACAGCUAAAGGAAGGUUGUUUUGUUGUGAAUAUUCUUGACCCGAAAGUUAAACGUGAAUUACUUGGAUGGUUUGUAAAGUUACAACUGACAGAGUACUUGGUAUUGUUUGGAGAAAAUCAGGAUGUAGCCUGGUUAGACAAGAUAGACAGGAGAUAUGCAUGGAUUAAGCGCACAUUGGUGGACUUUGAGGAAAAAUUUGGUCAUCUGUUCCCCGUAGACUGGGAAGUUAGUGAGAGAAUAUGUACUGAAUUCUGUGAUAUUACAAGAAAAGAACUAACAAAGAUAAUGGGAAAAAGACGGUCAGAAAUAGAUGUAAAAUUGUUACUAUUUGCCAUUCAGAGAACAACAAACUUUGAGGCUUUAAUUUCCAAGAGAUUUACAGGUGUAACAUUACAGACUGGCCAGUCCAAACCUGUUCCUUCCAAGCCUCCUCCAGCUAAAAACCCAUUUGAAGAGGAGACAACAGAGAGUCCUAAUCCCUUUGCCGAGGAUUUACUUGCUGAGAACACUGAUUCUGAUGAGUCCAAGGCAAAUGUUAAACCACUAUCAUCACCAUUCCUGGGAAUUAUAUCAAAAUGUUUCGAGGCUCAACUUGAUAUUUACAUAGAGUCACAGGACAGAAAUCUAGCAGAUUUAAUGAACAGAUUUUUAGAUGAUUUCAAGCAGUACGGCACUCCACGUAUAGAAUCAGAGGAAGGCAGUAAUGUUUUACCAAGCAGUGCUGAUCUCUUUGUUUGCUACAAGAAAUGUAUGGUGCAGUGUUCACAACUUAGUACUGGUCAACCUAUGAUUGACCUUACAAGAACAUUCCAAAAAUAUCUUAAAGAAUAUUCUGUUAGAAUAUUGCUUAAUAAUCUUCCUAAAUUGUCAAAUCAAAGCAGUAAUGUAUCAUCAGCCUCAGGUUUGAUACAAAGUAUACUGAGAGAAGGGGAGAUAACAAAGUUAACAGAGGAAGAACAAUGUAGAACAUGUAGCAUUUUGUGUACUGCAGAAUACUGUAUGGAAACUGCUCAGCAACUUGAAGAAAAACUGAGAGAAAAAGUGGACAAAGAGUUAGCUGCUAAAAUAGAUUUGAAUUCAGAACAGGAUUUGUUUCAUAAUGUCAUAUCAAAUUGUAUAGCACUGUUAGUUCAGGAUUUGGAGACGGCAUGUGAACCUGCCCUAACAGCAAUGUCCAAGAUGUCAUGGUCAUCUGUCGAGGCUGUAGGUGACCAGAGUGGAUAUGUUACUGCAAUAACAGGACAUCUAAAAACUGCUUUACCUCUAAUCAGAGACAACCUGGCUUCUUCAAGAAAAUACUUCACACAAUUCUGUGUUAAAUUUGCUAAUGCAUUUAUCCCGAAGUUUAUAGGCAGUUUAUUCAAGUGUAAGUCAGUGACAGCAGUUGCUGCAGAACAGUUGUUACUGGACACGCAUUCACUGAAGACGUUAUUGUUAGAUCUACCUUCACUUGGUUCUAGUGUAACCAGGAAAGCACCGGCAAGCUACAUAAAGAUUGUACAGAAGGGAAUGACAAAAGCAGAGAUGAUUUUGAAGGUAAUGAUGAAUCAUCAUGAACCAGCCAUGGGCUUUAUUGACAAUUACAUACGCCUGCUAAAUGAUUCCGAUAUUGGAGAGUUCCAGAAGAUACUUGAAAUGAAGGGACUAAAGAGGAGUGAAAUCAGUUCACUGUUGGAAAUGUACAGAGCAAGAAUCCCCGUUUCCAUGGCAAUAGGCCGCCAAUCUUCAGUCGAAAUGUCAGGUCAAGGUCACACAAGUAUGAUGACUUCCACACCGGAGCCAGAGUCAAGCAGAAUAAGAAAACUAGAAAAACUUAUCAAGAAAAGAUUGUAGAUUGCAAAUUAAUGAACAUCAUAAUUUGUCUGUAUGAAAAAAUGCUAUAAACACAAAUGGCAGGGGACAGAUGAAAGGAAUAAUGAGCAAGUGGUUGUAUUGUUGUGCAUUUUGAGCAAUAAACCUAGGAUAUCAACAUAUUACUGAUAGAAGCUUACAUGUAAACAUUUUCGUACAUAAAUACCUUACAUUAUGUAACAUGAUGACAUGGUAGUCACCAAAUAAUACAUAUUGAAUGUCUGAUGCUGGGAGACUUAAAAUGAUCCAGCACUUACUAGUUCUUUAAUUAGACUAAAACAAUAGACUAGAAUACUUGCUAUUCAUGAUCAUGUAAGCAUAUCUUAUUUUUUCACAAUCAUCAAGGAAGCAAAAGAAAGGAGUUGGGACCAAUACUGAUUUAGCCAUAGUUUCAAGUAAGAUAUAUGUCAAGCAGUCGGAGAUAAAAUUUUACAAUUUCUUUUUUUGUUACUGGGUGGUGCAAUGCUUAUUUUUCCAUAUUAUAUAGAAAAACAUGUAUUUAUUAAUGAUAAGUAUAAAUUAAAUUGAAUAAAGUGACACUAAUGAA